UGAACUUCACUGACCACAAAACGAGCGAGAAACUCCCUCACCGAGACGAGCCCCACCGCGCGUGGAUUUAACAAAAGCGGGAGACUGUACGAUCCUUGGCAGUGUUCUGAGACUGUACAGUCACUUUUGCCCUGCUGGUGGACUUUACUGCAUUUUCACGAUCAAUAGUGCGUCCUUUUCUCUUAUUUAACGCGAGCGUUUGCGGGGGGUUGGAGCGCGUCCCGUUUGCGCAGAGAACGCACUGCUGUUGAACUGCGGGAAUUACGAGGAGACAGAGAGAUGACAGCGGAGAAAGAGAAGAAGAGGUGCAGCUCAGAGCGGCGUAAGGAGAAAUCUCGAGACGCGGCGCGCUGCAGGCGCAGUAAGGAGACGGAGGUGUUUUAUGAACUGGCCCGUCAGCUGCCUCUCCCACACAGCAUCAGCUCACAUCUGGAUAAAGCCUCCAUCAUGAGACUGGCCAUCAGCUACCUGCGCACACGCAAACUCCUCACCUCAGCCUGUGCUACUACCACAGAGACGACAGACGUAGACAGACUGAUGGACAGUUGGUAUCUGAAGUCACUGGGCGGCUUCAUUAGCGUGGUAACAUCAGACGGAGACAUGAUCUUCUUGUCAGAGAACAUCAACAAAUUCAUGGGUCUCACACAGGUGGAACUCACAGGGCAAAGCAUCUUUGAUUUCACUCACCCCUGUGACCACGAGGAGAUCCGCGAGAACCUCAGUCUCAAAGCCGGCAUGGGAAAGAAAGGCAAGGAGCUGAGCACAGAGAGGGAUUUCUUCAUGAGAAUGAAAUGCACAGUCACGAAUCGUGGGCGCACCGUCAACCUCAAGUCAGCCAGCUGGAAGGUCCUGCACUGCACAGGGCAGCUGAAGGUGUAUAACGGCUGUCCCGCACGAAUGCUGUGUGGAUUUAAAGAGCCGCCACUCGCCUGUGUGGUCAUGUGGUGCGAGCCCAUCACCCAUCCAUCGAACAUCGACACGCCGCUCGACAGCAAGACCUUCCUGAGUCGCCACAGCAUGGACAUGAAGUUUACUUACUGUGAUGACAGAGUUACUGAGUUGAUGGGUUACAGUCCUGAAGAUCUUCUGGGCCGGUCGGCGUAUGAGUUCUAUCAUGCUCUGGACUCCGACAGCGUCACCAAAAGCCAUCAGAACCUGUGCACUAAGGGCCAGGCGGUGAGCGGUCAGUACAGGAUGUUGGCUAAGAAUGGGGGCUAUGUGUGGGUGGAGACCCAGGGUACCGUCAUCUACAACAGUCGCAACUCCCAGCCCCAGUGCAUUGUGUGCGUGAACUACGUGCUGAGUGAUGUUGAGGAGAAGUCCAUGAUCUUCUCUAUGGACCAGACCGAGUCUCUGUUCAAGCCUCAGCACUUGAACCGUUUCUUCAGUCCAAGCAAAGGAGGCCUGGGCAGUGAGCAAGAAAAAGUGCUCUUCACCAAACUCAAAGAGGAGCCUGAGGAUCUCACCCAGCUGGCACCUACACCUGGUGACACCAUCAUUUCUCUUGACUUUGGUAACCCCCAGUAUGAGGAGCACCCGAUGUACAGCAAAGUGUCUGCUGUUGCUCCUGCUGUCUCUCACUCUGGUCAUGAUGGCCACAAGACGAGCUACGCUGGAGACAUGGCCAAGAUAGCCGCCACUUUCUCUGUGCCUCAGGCUCCGCCGGCCAGCAGUGCAACUCCCAGCCUGAGCAGCUGCUCUACGCCCAGCAGCCCCGGAGAUUACUUCACCUCAGUGGACAGUGACCUGAAUGUGGAGCUGACCGAGAAACUGUUUUCCUUGGACACGCAAGAGACAAAGACUUCCUGCAAUCAAGAGACUGACUUGAGUGAUCUGGACUUGGAGACUCUGGCUCCCUACAUCCCGAUGGAUGGUGAGGACUUCCAGCUCAAUCCCAUCUGCCAGGAGGAGCCGUCAUCUGAGAUCGGAGCCCUGGGAACCAACAAGCAGAGCUUCAGCAGCAUCACAAGCCUCUUUCAACCCUUGAGUUCCCCUUCAGCAGCCCACUUCCAGCCCAACAUGAGUUCAGGAGGGGAUAAGCAGAGCAUCAACGGAGGCACUGUGGAGUCGUGGCCAUCUGUACCCUACAGCAGGGACCCCAUGCAGAUUCCUCCCUACCAUGAUCCCGCCAGCACCCCGCUGUCCUCUAUGGGAGGCCGUCAGAAUCUGCAGUGGCCGCCUGACCCUCCGUUACCCAGUAAGGCUGGAAUGAUGGAUCCUUUAGCCGCAAAGCGCUCUUGCCAAACUGUGCCAGCAAAUCGAAUGCAUCCUUAUUUGCAAAGGCCCAUGGAGAGCUUUGUGCAGAACUACAGAGAUAUAAGUCCAGCUCAACUUGCUCUUGCUAACAAUUUCAAGCGCUCAUUCACACAGAUGACAAUGAAUGAGCCGGCCCCCACAAAAUCACAACACACAAUGUGGAAGAGACUUCGGAAUGAGAGCUGUGCCGUCAUGGACAGAAAAUCACUCAGCACCAGCGCUUUGUCAGACAAAGGCAUGUCCCCUAAUGGAGGCAUGGACCACCACCAGAACAGGAAGACCCAGUAUUCAGGGAAUCAGGCCGGACAGGCGACAAAGCGCUUUGGAGAAGAGUGCUGUAACUACAUGCAGCCUUCCUCCAAGAUGGAUGGAAUUGCGAGUCGUCUCAUCGGGCCCUCCUUCGGGACCUACUCUCUGCCUGAACUGACGCGUUACGACUGCGAGGUCAACGUCCCGUUGCAAGGAAAUCUUCAUUUGCUGCAGGGCAGUGACCUCCUAAGAGCAUUAGACCAGGCCACUUAGACCGGUUUCUACACAGAAAUGCAGUCCAACUUCCCCUGACCGUAUCGCUCAUCUCACUCUCACCAUCCUGACAAUAACCAUCCCAGCUUUAGCACAUCCCACAAACACAGUCUCACAGUCAUAUCUACCUGAGUGCAUACAUGACAAAUGUAGCUUUGAUUCUAUUUUUAUUGUCUACAUCUUCAUAAAUUAUAUACAUGUACUAUUUUUUUAGUUGCAAGACGGUUUCGGAAUGAAUUUAAGUAAUUUUAGAGGAGUUGAAAUGCGUUGUGUUGUCUUCAGCUGGCUGGCUGUUUCUCUGCUUGUCAGAUCAUUUCAGCAAAGCUGUUUUCAGCAUACUCUCCUUUUUUUUCCUCUAUCAAUGUCAAAAAAGAAAAAAAAAAAGAAUUACUGUAAGUUACUUGUUUUAAAAUGUUCUAAUUUCUUUCAUUUGUUCUAACUUUCCUACCUCUGACACAUCAUUAAAGACCCCAUGAAAUCAAAAGGCUAAUUUUGAGCUCAUCUAUACACUAAUGCAGUGGUUCCCAAAGAUGUUUUAUUAAAUAAUUCAGUCAGCAUUAGCAAUAGCUGCUCUUCAUACAUGUGCUGCUGUCUUUCCACUCGCACAAACACAUUCGCUCUGAGUGGAGGGUUGCCAGAUUUGAGAAAAAGACCCCAGUUAUUGUGCUAUAGGUAGAUAGUAUUCUCAAAACAAGCCACUUAAAAUGAAUAUGAUAUGCAGACAUGGCAAAACAAAUAUGAGAGAAAAAUUUAAUUUAGUAACACUUUACUUAAAGCCGUUAUGUAUAAUGCAUUAUAAAAGUAGUUUUAAUGCAUUAAUUAUGCCUUGUAAUGCACCUUAUCAUGCAUUGUGCAAUCUAAUGAAUAAUUGUAACCACAGUUAAUACAUUAUAACACUUAUCAAUUCAUUGUUACACUAUGCAUUUUAAAUUUGGUUGUAAUUAUUUUCAACUAGAUGUAAUGUAUUACAAUGCACAUUAUGAAUAAUUACAAUUUAUAAUGCAUUAUACAUAAAGGCUUUAAGUAAAGCGAAUAAAUAAAAUAUUAUUGAAAAAAGCAAAUAAAUUAAUAUGAUGUGCAGACAUGGCAAAACAAAUAUAAGAGAAAUUAAUUCAAUUCUACUAAAUUAAAAAGUAAUUUAAUUUAUUAUGAAUAAAUAAAAUAUGAUUGAAAAAAGCAAUAAAAUGGCAUUGCAUUAUUAUAAUUCAAUACAUAAAUUAGUUUUUUUUUUAAUUAAUUUAUUUUUUGUUUUGUUUUUAAUUAAAGUUUAAUUACACCUGUGCUGGCAACCACUGUGCUAGUGUACUCCUAAAAGCUAACAAAAUGUAUGUUUGUUGCACAUACCUUAAAAUUGUAAUAUCUUUAAUGUUUUAAUAUUUGUUCAAUCAAAUUCUAAAAUGAAAAUGGCCUUUUCUCUGCAGUCAUGGUUGUAAAUCAUGGUUAGCCUGUUAAAAAAAAAAAAAGAGAAAAAAGAUUCCAACGAAUAUUUCCUGUUUCAACAGGAAAUAAGUGAAUAAAAGGAAAGAAAACUCUGCUCGCAAGCCGUUUCAUGGGGUCUUUAUGCCUUGUCCUCACUGACCACUUUCAGUGUUCAUGUUAUUAAUGUGCCUUUCUUUGUUUGAUUAGUGGCAAUACUGUGUUUCUGUCUCUGAUCUCUGUUUAUUGCCUUAUUGUGGAGACCACUUUAAAAACAUAUAUAUUUUUUGUCAAUUUAGCUGUAAGCAUACAUAUUUAAAGGAAGAUGCUCUAAGAUUUCUACUAUAGAUUUCUACUUUGAUGAUAAAGUUAAGCAUUUAUUUGUCCUGGUACUUUGUCUUGUCUACUCAGUAGAUGUGAAUCAGAGUCCUUAUCGAGAGUCUGCAGUGCUGGUGUCCUGUGCUCUUUCUUGGUGGCAUUUUUUCUGGAAAUAUGCAAAUGCAUAUUACAAUUAUUGGCAGGCCAGUACAGUUGGUUCAAAAAUUGGAGAAAAGUUUUUUUUUUUUUUUUUUUUUUAAACAAAACAAAAUUGUUUUAGACAUGUGAUGUAGCAUAUUGGAUCCUUAAAAAGAGUUUAAUCUUAGUGAUUUCUUGCAUUGUUUAAAGAUGGUGCUUCAUGCAGUCUGACCCAUAUGAAUAUUUAGAUAAUAACAUUAACUCUCUUUUUAUUUGAAUUGCCCUGAGGUUGUCUUUAAAGUUGAUUCAUAACGGAUCUAAAUUAUUUCUCAAGGCUAUUAGUUACGACUGUGACAAUAUGUAUAGCGAUAACUAUGGUAGCUGGAUGAUGAUGAUUCUUCUGCUUAAACACAUAUUCGCACUUUAGAUCAAUUUUAAUGUAAAUCUAAACCCCUGGUGAAGAUUGACACAUUGCUAAGAUUUAAAGGUACAAAGAUGAGGUUUGGCACACAAUCCAGUUUUUGAGGUGAUAGUGUGUUUUGUGAGCAGACUGGAGAUGUGUUGUUUAAUGGUGGAGCCGCUGUGCGAGAUGCUAUCGGAGAGAGUGGCUGUGCACAACUAAGCAAAGCUAAUUCAGCAUAGGAAUAAAUGCCACAAAACAUGUCCAGGUCAUAUUUUACUCCAGAGGAAAAUAAAUCAAAUGAUAUCAUAUGAUAAUAAGACAAUUAUGCAUAUUUUCAGCACUUUUAAAAUUUUCUUGCAUUAUUUUUGUUACAGUUACCCCCAAACCUUUCCCAAUUAUCAUUGCUUAAAAAUAAAAAAAGACAAAAAAUACGUUUUUAUACAUACAUUUUAGUAGUUAUUUAAUAUUUUAUUAUUUUGUUCUAUGAAUUUAAAUAAAUACUGUUUAAAAAAAUGUAAAAAACUAUUACGAGUAAACGAAAAGUUAAAAAUAAAGUACAUUUUUUUUGGUCACAUUUUACCUUUUAAAUUUUUUAACAUUUUGCCAUUAUUUAAAAUUACAUAUAUUUAUAUGUAAUUUUUUUUUUUUUUCAUUUUGGGGUAAAAACUGACCAAUAAAAUACACAUAUACACACAUUAUAUAUAAUAAAAAAGGUAAAAAUAAAAAAAUAAAAAAUAAUUUUUUUGUUUGUUACAUUUUACUCCCUAAAAUAAAAUAUAUUUAGAAUUUUUGUAUAUAAUUCUAUAUCAAAUUAUAUCAAAUGUGGCCAACAAAACACACACACACACAAUUAUACAUAUAAUUUAUUUUGGUUUUUUUAGUGAUAUUCCCUUAAAUAUUACCUACAGCAAAUUUUGGUGCACGUCAUAACAUGUCUGAGGAUUAUAAGUGUUUUAACUCCUUGAACAAACCAGAUGUCACAGAGAGGCAGAGACUUCAAAUGAGAUCUCACAGACAGUUCAAUGCUCAAGACUCACAUAGACCGAUACUCCUAUCUGCUGGAGUGAUAGACAGUUACGUUACAGACCGCUAGACAGAUAACACAUCUCUCUAGACUCUUCUCAUCUUCACAUCUGAAAAAACUAUAUUGUUUUUGGGUGAAAUUCUGCAUAUUUUCCCCAAAUAAACCAGAUACAUUUAUACUCAAUGUGCACAUGCUUUUUAAAGCUUUCGGUUUUAGUAAAUGGCAAUAAUCCCAUAUUUAAACUCUUACAGGUGCCUUAACACCAGAAAAUCUAAGUCACUGCCCAUUGAAUCAUGUAGCAUUUAACACUAAACUAUAAAGCAAUGCAGUUCUACACUUAUUACUUGAAUGUUGCGAUGUUAAUGCCAAAGGAGGAAAUGGUGAACUCGUAUCUUUCUCAAAGCAGUACAGCCAUAUGAAGAUGUUACCGUAAGAGUUGUGCAUUUGAAUGUGCAGAAAGCGCUGGUACAUGUAUGUUGGUCUAAUAUCUACUACUAUGAAGGUUAUUCACCAGACUGAGCCCCCUGAACCCACUGAAUUUCCGAUAGCACUGCCCUUUUGUGUGCCAUUGGUUUUGUGGUUUUCUUCAACUUUAAAGACAACAUUAGAUAAAUGCAUAAAAUAGGCAGUUUCUUAUCAAACGAAAAAAUAAAGUACGUACUUAUUUUAAUAUGCUAAAUGUAUAUUGACAUUAUUAUGAUACUGUUAUUAUGAUUAUUGUUGACAUGGGAAAUUUUACCCAAUAAGUUGUAUCUCUGCACUGAUAUCAUAUUAAAGCUCAUCAAUCUUC